GCCUCUCAACGAACGACCGCCACGACCAACACCCAUCGCUGUCAGACGGCUUCCGCGAUGCCUGCACCAGCGCCCUUUUCGUCCCCGCACAACCAGCCUGCAUUCCCCGCUCUUUACCUUUACCCCCUCAACGACACUUUUAUCCCAAAACACAUCGCUCUCGUCAACAACCAGCGCGUGAAGAUUGGCAGACAAACAAAUGCCAAAACUGUCCCAGCAGAACGAAACGGUUACUUUGACUCGAAGGUUUUGAGUCGCCAGCAUGCAGAGAUAUGGGAAGAGGACGGCAAGAUAUACAUCAAGGAUGUCAAAAGCUCAAACGGCACUUUCAUCAACGGCAACCGUCUCAGUCUUGAGGGUGUUGAAUCCCAGCCCUUUGAGCUGAAAAACGACGACAUCGUGGAAUUCGGCAUAGAUAUCAUUGGAGAGGACAACAAAACUACCAUUCAUCACAAAGUCGCUGCCCGUGUCAUCUGUGUUUUCUCUGAAGAGGAUGCUCAGAUAGCCGCCCGAGUCGAACAAAUGCAGAGCAAUCCAGCAGCCAACACUGUCUCAAGUCAACAAGGCCCCAAUGGUGUUAACAAUUCUUUCUCGUUUGCCCAAGGCCAGAAUGGCCCCUCCCAAGCGCAACGCAGGCCCACAAUCCAGUCCCAAGGACUGGGAGGUUUGGGUGGCAGCAUGCGUCCUCCUGGUAAAGGCGGUCUGACAUUCGACCAUAUCCUAAGUCGACUGCAAGGCGAACUCCAAAAGAGCCGAGACACAGGUGCUGAGCUCCACUCGUUGAGCAACGCCAUGAAUGAUAUCCAUGAUACCCUUAGCGGUUCCUCGCCACCCAAUCCUCCACACUACCCUCAAAAUCUUCCACCAGUCCGUCAACCUCAGCCUUCGAACCAGGGAGACGUCGGCGCUCCCAGUAGCGAUGCCGGCUCC